AUCCGCCAUUAAAUUCAAAGCAGAAGAAGAAAUAAACAAAAGAAGAAGAAGGCCGCUGCAGCUCCCACCUGGUUGGAUGUUCUGACCUGGUUUAAAGUUUUUAAAGAACCUUUCAGGCGGGAUUUAGCUUCUCUCCAACAGGUCGGAGGCCCAGCAGCUUGAAGCUGGCCCUAGGCUGGUAGCAUCCAGGCUGUUAGCAUCCAGCUAACAGUGGUAGCAUCGAGUCCUAGCCUUCCCUCCGCCUGAGGCUGGCCGUUAGCUGCUACUAAUGUUCCGCCCUAAGCCCACCCUGAAGGACCGGCAGCAGCUGUACCGGCUGAUCAUCAGCCAGCUGCUGCAUGAUGGCUACACCAGCAUCGCCAACAGCCUGAUCAGCGAGGUGAAGCCGCACAGCGUGGUGUCUCCCUCCGAGCAGCUGAUGCAGCUGGCUAAGAUCGGGAUGGAGAAUGACGACAGUGCCGUCCAGUACGCCAUUGGCCGUUCGGACACGGUGGCUCCCGGGGUGGGCAUCGACCUGGAGUUCGAUGCUGAUGUGCAGACCAUGUCCCCAGAGGCCUCAGAGUACGAGACCUGCUACGUCACGUCCCAUAAGGGUCCAUGCCGCGUGGCCACGUACAGCAGGGAUGGCCAGCUGAUCGCCACGGGCUCAGCUGACGCAUCCAUAAAGAUCCUGGACACAGAGCGGAUGCUGGCGAAGAGCGCCAUGCCAAUUGAGGUGAUGAUGAAUGAGACGGCGCAGCAGAACAUGGAGAACCACCCAGUGAUCCGGACGCUCUACGAUCACGUGGACGAGGUCACCUGUCUGGCCUUCCAUCCCAGCGAACAGAUCCUGGCGUCUGGCUCCAGAGAUUACACCCUGAAGCUGUUCGACUACUCCAAGCCGUCUGCAAAGAGAGCCUUCAAAUACAUCCAGGAAGCAGAGAUGCUGCGCUCCAUCUCCUUCCACCCCUCCGGAGACUUCCUGCUGGUGGGGACCCAGCACCCCACGCUCCGCCUCUACGACGUCAACACCUUCCAGUGCUUCGUCUCCUGCAACCCGCUGGACCAGCACACGGACACCAUCAGCGGCGUCAGCUACAACCCCACCGCCAACAGCUACGUCACCUGCAGCAAGGACGGCAGCAUCAAGCUGUGGGACGGCGUCUCCAACCGCUGUGUCAGCACCUUUGAGAAGGCCCACGACGGCGCCGAGGUCUGCUCCGCCAUCUUCUCCAAGAACUCCAAGUACAUCCUGUCCAGCGGUAAAGACUCUGUGGCCAAACUGUGGGAGAUCUCCACCGGACGGACUCUGGUCAAGUAUACAGGAGCGGGGCUCAGCGGGCGCCAGAUGCACCGCACUCAGGGCGUGUUCAACCACACAGAGGACUACGUGCUGCUGCCUGACGAACGGACCAUCAGCCUGUGCUGCUGGGACUCCAGGACGGCGGAGAGGAAGAACCUGCUCUCUCUGGGCCACAAUAACAUCGUCCGCUGCAUCGUCCACUCGCCCACCAACCCCGGCUUCAUGACCUGCAGCGACGACUUCAGGGCCCGCUUCUGGUACCGCCGGGCCACCACCGACUGAUUCGCUGUUAGUCCAGGGUUUCCAUGACCACCGCUCCUCCUCCUGCUUUAGUAAUCUUCUUUUGUCUCAAUUUUGAUUUUGAAUUUUAAUAAAAAAAAAAAAAA